CAGAUCCAUACACAUUCGUUCCCGUCCAAUCGCGGUGUUUACUUGCUGACUUCAAUCAACUGACCUGCAGUGACAUAGUGUAGUCGUGUCCACUACAGGGAUGCGCUACUGCAGCACGCGAGGUGAGGUGGGGGGAUGGGACUUCCGGCAGGUGCUGUUCUCCGGUUACGCCCCUGACGGGGGCAUGUUCAUGCCCGAGACGGUGCCCAGUGUGAGCCCCGAGACCCUGAAGGCCUGGGCCCCCCUGUCCUACCCGGAGCUGGUGGUGGAGGUCUGCUCUCUCUUCAUCCCCGAGGACCUCAUCCCAAAGAAAGACCUGCAGGGCCUCAUCUCAGACGCGCUGUCCAAGUUUUCCGUCCCCGGUGCGGUGAGCAUCGCCAAGCUGAAACAUGGCCUGUCCAUCCUGGAGUUAUUUCACGGGGAGACGCUGGCCUUCAAGGACCUGGCCAUGACCUGCACCGUACGCUUCCUGGAAUACUUCCUACGCAAGGACAACAGCAGGGCAACCAUCCUCGUGGGUACGUCGGGGGACACAGGUGGCUCUGCGAUCUGCAGUGCGCGGGGGCUGAAGGGAGUGGACGUGGUGGUGGUGUUCCCUCGCGGCCGCAUCACCCCAGUUCAGGAGAAGCAGAUGACCACCAACCUGGAGGACAACAUACAUGUCUUCGCAGCGGACGGCACCUCGGACGACAUCGACGUGCCCCUGCGGCGUCUGUUUGGCGACCGGGAGCUGGUGACGCGGCACGGCCUGAUGAGCCUCAACUCCGUCAACAUGGCGCGCAUCCUGGUGCAGCUGGGCCACUUCCUGUACGCCUACCUGCGGCUCAGCGGCGUGGAGCAGUGGCAGGCCGGCCAGCCCUUACCCGUCCUGGACAUGGUGGUGCCCACGGGAGGGGCCGGCAACAUCGCAGCUGGGUGUAUAGUGAAGCACAUGGGAGUGCCACUGAGGUUCGUUGCCAUGGUGAACUCUAAUGACAUCCUAUGCCGUGCCGUCCAGAAGGGGGACUUCUCAAUGGCCCCCAGUGUCACCCAAACACUAGCGCCCGCCAUAGACAUCCAGGACCCGUACAACAUGGAGCGCGUGCUGUGGCUGCUGUCUGGUAAGAACGGGCCGCUGGUCAAACACAUGCUCCAAGAGUUCCAGAAGACACACCGCCUACCCUUACCAGACACACUACACAAGGAGCUGUGUUCGUUUAUGUCCUCGGGGAGUGUGGGUGAUAAGGGCAUAGUGGAGGCCAUGCGGCGUUGCUGGGAGGAGAACCACUACCUCCUGUGUCCACACACCGCCGUAGCCGCCUGGUAUCACUACCACACACCACCACGCCCAGGAGAAAACAGGUGCUACGUGGCCACUGCAUCCCCUGCCAAGUUCCAGGCAGCGGUGGAGGAGGCCGGGCUGGUGCUGGAGCUGCCCGAGGAGGUGAAGGCGCUGGCGGGGAAGGCCACCCGCUACGUGGACCUGGAGAUGGGAGAGGACUGGGACGCCCGGCUCAGGGAACGCAUAGAGGCCAUCGGAGCCGCCCGGGCCAGAGGCGCCAGCUUUUACACAGCAGCAUAGGGGCCUUACGGUACAUAGUCGACGCAUCCCACACGGUAAAACAAUCCAGUGGUUGAUUAAACACUUAGAGAGGCGAUUUAACAUUUUCUAGAUUGUAUUUGGUCGCAGAGUACUCUCUAAGCGAUGAAUUGGCACUGUAUUUUUUUUGCUGUGUAACCUACAAUAUACGCUUUUAUGCAUUCUCUUAAUUUUUGUGUAAGACAGUACCUUGUCUUUGGGGGAAUACUUGUGUCGCUCUUGAGAAUGUGGUAUGUGUACAAAGCAAACACUGAUGGUUAAUGUGCGUUAGAUUGUAUUGCGUGCAUAGACUAUGUAAGAGCCCAUGGAUGUGAGCUGUGACCUAUGACCUUUAGGGUGGAAGUGUGUGAUUCCUCCACUGCUGAUGUUAACCCAUGACUGCCCCUGCUGGCCUGUGGCUGACUGAUAUGAUGUGGGCUAGCAGUGGGGGGUAGAAUGUUAACGUGCAGCUGCAAGUGUGAUUUUUUUAAACAGUACUUUCAUUCAUUGAAUGUAAUUGUAUAUGGAAUGUGAAGACUUGUUGAUAUUGGCAUCCAGAGUUUGCAGAAAACUAUGCAAGUACAAUUACAAGUGUGUGUGUUUUUUAGCUCUUUUAUGCAAAAUUUCACAAAGAAAUGUGAAAAAAUAAGACAGUAUUUUUGUAAUAUUUUCAUGCAGCACAAGCAUAAUUGCAAUUUCAUGACAAAAAGAAAUGCACAUGUUCAGCUGGGGUGGAAAUGAACUGAGUAAACUGUGAUCUUUCCUGUGAUCAGUCCUAAUAAUCUAGAAGUAACAUUUCAAUCAAUAGAUAGCACCCACCAUUCAGGCACACAUUAUUAUUACAUUCAGUUGUGUCCAUAAAAACCAAUCCCCAAUGUGCUAUAAGUGUUAUCCAUUGAGUUAUCCCAUGACAUGAUAUAAUUAACAAUCGACAGAAAUGUGAGGGGUGUAUUCACUCGAUUUUCUGACACACUGUACCAUAAAUGUUCUUAGAUGACUUGCAUGUGUAACUCCCCUGUAUCGUAUCAUGUCAUAUCAUAUCAUAUCAAUGCCCUUUGUCAUUGCCACCGCAAGUCCAUAUACAAAGUUUAUGAGCCGAGCUUUAUCGGCGGUGAUGUUCUUGACCCUGCUGGACUCUGCUCCCACAGGGAAAUGGUGAGAGUGGCGUCCUGUGAUGCAAUCAUGUUCUAGCCACAUAUUGAUAUUAUCAACAGGAUUCCCACACACCUAUCUAGUGCACACAUCAUAAUGAGUACCCACAGUUCCCUCUCUCUCUCUCUCUCUCUCUCUCUCUCUCUCUCUCUCUCUCUCUCUCUCUCUCUCUCUCUCACUCACACACACACACAGACGCACACGCACACGCACACGCACACGCACACACACACACACACACACACACACACACAC